AUGUCAGAUACAACUAAACAAAGAUUGAAAAAAGAUAAUAAUACUACAACUCUUGAAAAUAAAAAGAAAGAUGAUAAAAAUAGUAAUAAUAAUAGUGGAAGUAAUAGUUCAGAACUUUUAUUGUUACCUUGUUAUACUUGUUUCUUUGUGAAUCUUAUUGGUGGAAUAGCAUGGGCAAUCUUCUUGCCUGCAGAAGAUCUUAUUACGCUGAAGGCAAUUGGUGUAGCAGUUCUACAGAGUGUCAUCUAUCUGCUGGCAACCAUUAUCAUUGCGAUUCCCGAUAUGUUGAAACGACCGUUCUACCUGCGAUCGAAAAACAGAAAGAUAAAAGAACACGAUGUACUCCUACUAGAUUACUUUAUAUUUGGCAUACCAUCGAGCGUCGCUUCAUUCUUGGUUGGAUCUUCAAUCAUUCAUUUUGCCUCAUUACUUUACCGAGUGAUAUCUUUUGUGGAAUCACAGAAUCAAGAUGGUGUGUCACUCGAUAUCCACUUGCAAUUGGAUGCAAACACCUAUCAGCUAGUGAUGGGUUACAAUAAAGAGAUCAGAGAGAUGGCACCGAACGAUCAAAUCGACCUAGGAGUUACAUCACUACCGCACAUCACUCUCUAUCUAACGCAAUUCCUUGAAACUGAGAUUGGUUCCAUUGUAAACGAUAUCAAUGCUAUUUUCGAACAAAUUCAACAAAAGGCACUCAAUUGUAAGAUCAAUUGUAUCGAGACUGUCGUUAUUGGACAAUAUGGAAUGUGGAAUGUCGAGGUCAAUCCAUGUCUUCAAUAUAUCUCUGAUCUCAUUGUAAAUACAACUUGUAAAUAUAUCGUACCGAAUCAACCCAUUCCAUCAUGGGUAUAUGAGUUACCAGAACCAGUUAGAACAGAAAAGAUAGAUAUGAUUACAAAAUAUGGUUCACCAAAUGUAUUCUCACAAUUUCAACCACAUAUUACAUUGGCAUGGGAUGAUAUUGAUAAUCUUAAUCAGACAUUUGCAACAUUAAACAUUCCACCAACAGCUUUCAUUUCACCAAGUAUGGGAAUAGGUGAUGUCGGUGAUUACGGCACAUCAUUUUGGUUUGGUUUGGUUGGGUUGUGGUAUGAAAGUGAGCUAUCUAGCAAUUAUCUCAAAAGACGUUUAGUACUAUUGGCAUAUAGGGAAUAUUGCAUAAAUGAAUUGAAUUUCAUUCUCCAAAAAAAGGAAUUAUAA